AUGGAAUCCACGACGUUUCGCUUUCCAACCACCAUCCGCUUCGGUGCCGGUGCCCGCUCGGCACUGCACGAUUUUGCCAAACAAUACGGGGUAAAACGCCCGCUUCUGGUCACCGAUGCCGGCCUGCCCGAGACCGAGGCCUAUCGUCUCACCGCGAAAGUGCUCGAUAAGACCUGGCCGGGAGAAUGGCAGUCGUUCGCGGGCAUUCACCCCAAUCCCACCGAGCAAGACAUUGAAGAUGCUUGGGAGGAAUACGAUGCCCACGGCUGCGACGGCAUCGUUGGUGUCGGCGGUGGUAGCGGCAUCGACGGUGCCAAAGCCUUGCGACUGAAGGUGGCGUUCCCCAGGCUCGCGCUGCCCGAAAUUCCGCUCGAUCAACUCCCCAAGCGGCUGGUCCCGUUCUGUGCGAUUCCGACCACCGCCGGAACCGGCAGCGAAGUGGGCCGCAGCACCGUGGUCACGGUCGAAGGCUUGGGCCGGAAGGUCGUCUUUGGCGCGCCCCCCCUCAUGCCCGAGCUGGCGAUCCUAGACGCCGAACUGACCGUCGGCCUGCCACCCCAUCUCACGGCGGCUACGGGGAUGGACGCAAUGACGCACGCCAUCGAGUCGUUCGUCUGCCCGGUCUACCACCCCAUGUGCGACGGCAUUGCACUGGAGGCAAUCCGCAUGGUCCAUCAAUAUCUCCCCCGCGCCGUGGCCGAUGGCACCGAUCUCGAAGCCCGCGGGCAAAUGCUGAUGGCCGCCGCGAUGGGCGCGGUCGCCUUCCAGAAAGAUCUAGGCGCGGCCCAUUCGUUGGCUCAUCCCAUGUCGACCGAGUUCGGCACGCAUCAUGGGCUCGCCAACGCGUUGGUUCUCUCCACGGUCAUUCGGUUCAACGGCGAACUCGACCCGCAGCUCUAUGCUCGCGUGGCGAACGCACUGGGCUUGCCCGAAAGUUCCGAUCCAACCUCUGCCGUGGCCGACGCUAUCGACACCUUGAAUCAAACCAUCGGCAUCACCAAGCGGCUUGGCGACCUGGAAAUUCCCCGCGAAUCGCUCGCCAAACUCGCCGACAAGGCCUUCGAAGACGGCUGCCAUUUAACCAACCCCCGCCCGUGCACCCGCGACGAUCUACUUUCGCUGUACGAGGCCGCCUGGAAUCAAAAUAUCGUGUGGCCCGAGACGGAGUUUCCCGACAGUCUGUUGAUCGACGGCCAAUGGCACGACUCAUGCUCCGCCGGCACGAUGGAACUGAUCGAACCGGCGACCGAGCAACCGCUUUGCACCAUUCCCGCCGCCGGCACCACUGAAAUCGACAAAGCCCUGGAAGCCGCGGCCACCGCAUUCCGCACACAGCCAUGGGCGAAAGUAGCCGCCAAGCAACGCACCGCUACGCUGCUGAAGAUCGCCGCGCUCAUUCGCGAAAAUGCCGAAUCGCUGGCCGUGCUGGAAGCCCGCAAUGUGGGCAAGCCCAUCAGCGAAGCUCGCGGCGAAGUCAUGGCCGGCGCCCGCUGCUUCGAGUAUUACGCCGGCGCAAUCAGCCGCUUCGUGGGCGAGACCAUUCCCGCGUCCGACUCAGGGUUCGACUUCACGAUGCACUCGCCACUCGGCGUGGUCGUAGCGAUCGUCCCCUGGAACUUCCCCUUCUGCAUGGCCUGCUGGAAGGUGGCCCCCGCCCUGGCGACCGGAAAUGCCGUGGUCUUGAAGCCGGCCAGCUUAACGCCUCUCACCGCGCUGGCCUUGGGCCGCAUUGCCCAAAUGGCCGAACUGCCCCAGGGUAUCCUGCAAGUUCUAGCUGGGCGCGGCAGUGAUAUUGGUGAUCACCUCGUCUCGCAUCCGCUAGUCCGGAAGAUCGCCUUCACCGGCGAAACCACUACCGGCGCCCGCAUCAUGAAGCUGGCCGCCGACGAUAUCAAACGCGUCUCACUCGAACUCGGCGGCAAAAGCCCCAACAUUGUUUUCGCCGAUGCCGAUGUGGAUGCCGCAGCCGCAGCCGCCCCCAUGGCGGUGUUCGGCAAUACGGGCCAAGACUGCUGUGCUCGCAGUCGGGUAUUCGUACAAGACACGGUCUAUGACCGCUUCGUCGAGGGCAUGCUCGCCGCCACCAAGAGUCUCGUCGUUGGUCCCCCCUUGGAAGACAAAACCGAAUUGGGGCCCAUGGUCUCCGAUGGGCAACGCAACACGGUCGAAAAGUACCUCGCCCUGGCGAAAGAGGAAGGUGGCCGCAUGCUUUGCGGGGGCGAUCGCCCUCAGUCGCCCGGUUACUACCUGUCGCCGGCCAUCGUCGAAGGUCUCCCCAACUCGGCCCGCACCUGUCAGGAAGAAAUCUUUGGCCCCGUGGCCUGCGUGAUUCCCUUCCGCGACGAAGCCGAGGCCAUCGCGCUGGCCAACGAUACCGUCUAUGGUCUCUCCGGCUCGCUUUGGACCCGCGACGUCGAACGCGCCCUUCGCGUGGCCCGCGCGGUCGAUGCCGGCGUGUUGAGCGUGAACACCAACAGCAGCGUCUAUCAGGAAGCCCCCUUCGGCGGAUUCAAACGCAGUGGCUUCGGCAAACGCAUGAGCGAGCACGAAGAAUCGGUUGGAUUCCUCCCCCCGUGGUUCACUUCCGAACCGAUCGAUACGGUGCUCGUCGCGUUUCCCGAUGUCUACGGUCGCCUGAUCGGCAAGCGGUUCACCCACAGCCACUUCAUGCGCAGCGUGCUCAAGUCGGGCACGCACAUGUGCAACUAUCUGCUCACCGUCGAUAUCGACAUGAAUCCCCUGGACGGGUUUCGCCUGGCAAGCUGGGACCAGGGCUACGGCGACUUCCACGCCGUGCUCGAUCUGCGAACCAUUCGCCGCAUGCCCUGGUGCGAAGGGAGCGCCAUCGUGCUGGCCGAUCUGCACCACGAAGGCGAUCACGGCCCCGUGGUCGAAUCGCCCCGCGCCGUGCUGCGGCGUCAGCUCGAUCGCCUCACCGAACGUGGCUUCAACGCGAUGAUGGGCUCCGAACUCGAGUUCUACCUGUUUCACAACACAUACCCGCAGGCUGAAGAACAAUCGUUCCGCAGCCUCACACCCUCGUCCGACUACCUGAUCGACUAUCACUUGCUGCAAACCGCACGCGACGAAGAUGUCAUGCGCCGCCUCCGCAACGAGUUGGGCGAUGCCGGCAUUCAGGUCGAAGGCAGCAAAGGCGAAUGGGGCAACGGGCAAUACGAGGUCAACCUGCUCUACUCCCCUGCCCUGGAAAUGGCCGACGCGCAUGUGCUCUAUAAGCACGCCGCCAAAGAAAUCGCCGCCCAACAAGAUCGGGCCAUCACCUUCAUGGCCAAGUGGGCCGCCGAUCAGGCCGGCAGCAGUUUUCACCUGCACACCAGCCUGUGGGGCGAGAAGGAAAAAGCCAACCUGUUCUGGGACGCUAAGUCUGGAGAGGGUUCAAAGAUCUUCCGCCAGUUCCUCGGCGGGCUGAUGAAAUACGGCCGCGACUUCACCUACUUCUUUGCCCCCACCGUGAACGCCUACAAGCGAUUCCAAGCCGCCUCCUGGGCACCAACCCGCAUGGUGUGGUCGAUGGACAAUCGCACCACGGCCUUCCGCGUAAUCGGCGAGGGCAAUGGUUUCCGCGUAGAGAACCGCUCGCCGGGGGCCGACGCCAAUCCCUACCUCGCCUUCGCCGCCACGUUGGCCGCAGGACUAGCCGGCAUCGACGAAGAACUCGAUUGUGGCCCCGCCUACAAAGGCAACGCUUACGAAGACGAGUCGCUCGAACGCCUGCCCAGCAGUCUCGAACACGCCGCCGAAUUGCUCGACCAAAGCGAAAUUGCCCGCACCGCCCUCGGCGAUGAUGUGGUCGACUUCUACACCCACACCGCCAGACUAGAAGCCCAAGCCUACGCCGCCAGCGUCACCGACUGGGAACGCAAACGCUACUUCGAGCGGAUCUAA